AUGGAGACUAUCAGAAUUCAUCCGGACUAUUCCCUACGCAAUCCUAUCCAAUGUAGCAGUACAUCCAAGAUUGUUCGACAGGACCGGGCACUGCAAACGUUCGGUGAUGUUAUCAGUGCGGAUGAGGACAUUCUUAUAACCUCACAUCUGUUCUCGGAUUUUGAAGGCUCGCAGCUGCCGCCCAAGGCCCAAGCAAGCAUCGAAUACGUCCUCCUGAUUGCUGCUGCGUGUUCGAUUUCGACAAUGCCUGUUCCUCCACUCCCAGCAGCUGGCGACGAGAAGCUCACCCCGCCCCACCCCAAAUUCACCAUUGCAGGCGGCAGCGCAUCAGAUCCUGAACAGGAACGCAACGGUAUUGCGCACCAUUCAAGGACAAUGUCCCUCGAGUCGCACCCAGUCACGCACCGCAGCCUCACCUUCAACAACCCGCCGACCGCGUUCUCGCUCAACACCCAGGCAUUCUUUACCCCCGACCAGUCACCCGGCACGACACCUGGCGUGCAGCCCAUCACUGGCAAUGGAUACCCCUUCCCAGAUGCCAGCAGCGACACUCACAGGAGCGGCGUGAACUCCGUGUCGACGUCGACGAGCGUCGCUGACUUCUCCGGGUUGUCAUCGUUGGCCUUUCCCAGUCGGCCUGGCACGUCGGACAACGGCAGCUCCCUUCGACCCACAUCGGGGCGGUCAAGAGAGGCCUUCGCCUCACCCAGAGCGCGCCCAAUGACGAUAUACAGCACCGUCGUGUCCUCUUCCGUCAAGGUCGAGCGCGAGCGGCACAAGUCGACGAUGCUCACCCCAUCCACGACUUUGCACAAGCCGUGGUUGUCAACACGUGACCCCUACCAACGGAUUUCCUACGUCAUCACCUACGCGUUCUUGUUUCUUGGGGUUUGCCUAGGCGCCGUACGCUGCUAUUUUGGAUGGCUGGAUGUGAGGCUUCUGAAAGGGAACAUGUGCGUGGUCAUGGACGAGAACUUUGACUCGGACGUUGGUCUAUUCGGGGACAACGGCAAGUUUUUCCGAGAAGUCGAGAUGAGCGGGUUUGGGAAUGGCCAGUUCGAGAUGGCGACUGCCUCUCAGAACAACUCAUAUGUCCGGAAUGGCCGUCUUUACAUCACCCCAACUCUGACUUCGGAUAACAUUGGCGAGGACGCUAUCAUUGACGGAACUGUUUACAAUAUCACCGGGUGCACGUACAACAUCACCCAAGGCAUCUCGUACACGAGCACGAUGCUCAGCCUCCCGAGGAACGGUAGCGCCAUUGCGUCCGAUCAACCCUUCGACGUCGAGAGGUACACCAAGGCUUGCUCGGCCGUCAGCAAUGCCACCAGCGGCCAGAUCAUCAACCCUAUCCAAAGCGCGCGUCUGACGACCCGGAAAACAGCUAGUAUAAAGUACGGUCGUGUGGAAGUGAGAGCAAAGAUCCCAACUGGCGACUGGCUGUGGCCGGCGAUCUGGAUGAUGCCAGUCGACAGUAAAUACGGCCCAUGGCCUAUGAGUGGCGAGAUUGACAUUAUGGAGGCGCGUGGGAAUGGGCCGGAAUACCCCAAGCAGGGAAGCAACUACGUCCGCGGCUCGUUGAACUGGGGCCCUUUGACGUGGCUGAACGGCGUGUCGAAGACAUACGGCUGGUGGACGCUGCGGCGCGGAAGCUACGACCAAGACUUCCACACCUACGCUCUAGAAUGGGAUAAGGAUUUCAUGCGGAUAUACGUUGACUCCCGCCUGCACCAUAUGCUCGACCUGCGCAUGAAGAAACCUUUCUUCGAACUCGGCGACUUCCCACCCGUCGUCCAGAAUGGGUCCGAAGCGGUCAUUCUGAACAACCCGUGGGUCAAUGGCACGACCUCUGCGCCUUUUGAUCAGCCGUUCUUCCUGAUUCUAAACGUCGCUGUUGGGGGCACAAAUGGGUGGUUCCCUGAUGGGAACGAGAAGCCGUGGCUGGAUGGAUCUAACACGGCUAUGGGGGAUUUCUGGAGGAGCAGGGAUAAAUGGCUCCCGACUUGGUCUACGGAUCCCGAGGAUCGCUCUCUUGUCGUUGAUUCUAUUAAGAUGUGGCAACAAUGCUGA